AAACCGGAGGCGCGUCGCGUUAUAAGUACGGAGUGGGGCUCCGACACGGGCCGUCUCCAUCACAGAUUCCGAGAGCUCCCAAGGUCGCGCCGCGGCUCCCCCCUCCCCCACCGUAUCCCGCCGGUCGCUCGCCUCGCCUCACCGCCGCCGCCGGUCGACAUGGGGUUCGUGUCCUUCGCCGGGAGGGUCCUCUUCGCCUCCGUCUUCCUCCUCUCCGCCUACCAGGAAUUCACUGAAUUUGGAACUGAUGGCGGGCCAGCUGCAAAGAAUCUUGAGCCUAAGUUUAACAGCUUCACCAAAAAUAUAUCUGUACACCUCGGAGUUGUGGUGCCUCAUGUAGAGUUGAAGCAUGUGAUUGCUGCUACCAUUGGUCUGAAGGGUCUGGGAGGUCUGCUGUUUAUCUUGAGCAGUUCAUUUGGUGCUUAUCUCCUGGCCCUCUACCUUGCUUUCAUCACACCGGUUGUCUACGACUUCUACAACUACGACAUGGAGAAGGCUGAAUUUGUGCAGAUCUUCAUGAAGUUCACACAGAACCUGGCGCUGUUUGGAGCCCUUCUCUUCUUCCUGGGCAUGAAGAACUCGGUCCCCAAGAGGCAGGCCAAGAAGAAGGCCCCCAAGUCCAAGACAACCUAGAGCAUCUCUCUCUGCCAAGAUAGUUGUGUCCGUAGGGGCUUUGCGGGAAAGACGGUCUUAUUUAACAAAGCUACCGUACCUGUUCUUCUCUUAUAUGUGUAAUGGAUCCGUUUUUGAAGGGGGCGCAGGCCUUACAAGGUGUGGGUGGCGGUUUAGGCGACUAGAUUGUGUAUCAUUAUUAUGUGCUACUUCCGAUUUGAUUGUUGUAGGGUUAAAGAUUGUUAUCCCAUUUAUUUAUUUUGCAACCAAUAUUGAUACUGAUGGAAAAGAUAUUACCAAGGUCAGUCUGCCUGCGAUUA